AUGGCUAAAUUUGUCCCAAGGCUCCCAACCAUCAUCCUGUUUGUUGUGACUCUUGGUCUGCUUUUGGUGAAUGCGGCUUCUAUAGUAGAUAUAGACCAUACAAGAACCAAGUACAGAAGAAGCCAUGACACUCAAGGAGAUAUACUUAGUGAUUUGCCAAGGGAUGUGAUACAUGAAAUAUGUGAACGCUUACCCCUCCUGGAUGCUGCACGGAUGUCUGUUCUCUCUCACAAGUGGCUAGACAUUUGGACUUCAACCCCGCAUCUUGUUUUUGAUUAUGUAUUUUUUUAUAGUGUUCUUAAAGGAGAAGCUCAGGAGACUAAGUAUGGCAGUAUUGUGAGCAAAAUUCUGUUUCAACACGAAGGUCCUAUUCACAAGUUUUCGUUGUUUGUUCCUCCAUUAAAAUCCUGCCUAGAUGUUGCUCAAUGGAUUUCACAUCUGUCAAGAAAUGGUCUUAGGGAAUUCAGACUUUCUAAUCUAUGCGAUGCUCGUCUUAAGUUGAACUUAAGUGGUGACUUGGAAAAGUUGACACUUAAUAUCAGAGGCUUUCAGUUAAUAUCAGAGGCUUUCCAAAGCUGA